AAAAAUGUGAUUCCCAAAUUACAAAAAAAGAAUAAAACUAGAAAUAUGUCAAAUUAUAGAGCGAAGUAAGAUAAAAGUAUUUAUUUUAGUUUUAAGCUAGUCAGGGUGUUUCAGAGCCUCAGGGUUCUUAUUUCUAAAACUCUGUUCCCCAACUUUGUCUUCGUACAAAAGCUUUGUUUAUUAUUUAAUGACAUUUCAAGUUGUUUAUACUUCAACAUCUAUUUCAGAUAGACUUUUUGAACAAAUCAUUUAAAAUAACGUUUAGCAAACCUGCUAAAAAAUAAGUUAAAAAAGUAAUCUCCCAUUUAAAGUUUCCCAUUCUUCUCAGUCUGGUUUUAAAGAGCAGCAAUACUGUCACUUCAUUUGUUAUGUUAUUCAUUUUUGAUCUUUGAUGAUGUUCAGAAAAUGACGUUGUCUUUUCUCCUGAAUUUCCCGGCUAGUUUCUCCAAAACACACACACAUCACGGAGUCGGCAGAGAAGCAGGAGCUUGACGGGAGGAGCUCCGUGAUGCUGAGCUGCUUCAGUCACAGCUUUCCCCCAGUCCAACUCUACUCAUGGUACAGGAAGAGUCAGGGAGAGGAAAAGGACGAACUUGUGUCAGAGCAUCAAAACCACACAGUGUACUCAAACCAGUCAGGAGUCUACUACUGCGUCGCACAAAAUGAAGCAGAUCAAAGUUUGUCUUAUCCCGUCCAUCUGUUUGAACGAAACUCUCUGCACAUCCUGAAGUUCAUCGUUCCUGCUCUACUUGUCCUGAUAAUCAUCAUUUUAAUCGUCGUAGUUUUAAGACUCAGGAAGAAGAAAUCUAUUCAAAAAGGAACAACAAACACCAAAUCCCCUUCUGGAUUUUUGGGUUGGUGUAAUGGUAUCAGGAGGAGGAGUCUGACAAAUGAGAAUGUCUCUGUGGAGCCUUUCAGGAGCAGAGACGACCUCUUGUCAGAGCAGUUGAGGCGUCCAGAUGCCCAACGACACCAGCCUCUUCCAGACAGCACGCCUCCAACCGACAUCAACCUUGUUUACAACCUUAUGAAUCUGCCCCAGGUGAGUCCCGGGUUAAGACACCACUGUGAGAUCAGAGCUCGUUCACAUGAAGCAGCCGGUCAGGAACAACCAAGAGACAGUGUUCAAAAACCAAGUUGAAAAGAGAGUACGAUGAAGCCUGUCCUGCUCUUGGGUUCACAGUCAAUGUGGUAGAACAUGAGGACAGACCAGUGUGUAGUUUAUGUCUGAAAACUCUAUGAGAACCAACAAAUUAAGAAGACACUUAGAAACAUUACAACUCAGUCACAUGCAUGUGUUCUUUUUGGUUGAGCUUUAUCAUCUUUGUAAUAAAGUUAUUAUAAUUGAAUACAUUUUUUCUCUAUUAUUGAAAAAGUACAGACUGAUGGAGGGAUGUAGAGAUAAAUGUCACCUAAAGUACAUCAAUUAAGUAGAAUUUAAGCAAAGUUAUGGCACUUUUAUAUUUUUAAAGGGACAAAUGUCACAAAAAGUUGUUUGAAAAAAAAAAAAUUUUGCACAUCAGAAAUUCCUGAAAGUAAUGUGGAUUUAAUAUUCAUGUGUAUUUUAUGUAAAUACACAUGUUAAACUUGGCACAUUUUUUUAGGGAGGGAGAACGGGUGGGUCAUGACAGAACCACUGGAUUAAGGAGAGUACAGGUAUAAGAUUCAGGAUAUUUAAGCCUCUGCUUCACCACUUCUGACCUGUUACGGCUAUAAAACUAAUAAUUCUUCUAAAUACUCUAAAUUAUGUCAUAGUUUCAAUAAUAUGUUAUCAAAUAUGUUUUAAUGGUGAUAUUAUAAAACCUCUGAAGUCCCAAAAUCUGUUAUUUCUUUUGUUUUGAGAACACACAAUGCAAGGAUCUGAAACAAGACAACAACAUGUGCACAUUAGAUACAAAAAUUUGGAAUAAAUAAUCUAUCAGGAUAUCUACAACCCCUCAAAUUGACCAUGUAGAGCUGCUGCCUUCCAUCUUCUAUCAUCAGUAUUAAUCUGGCUCUACAUGCAGAUGUGUCUUUUACUGUUCAAGCUGUUGCUUUUCCCUCCUUGUUCUUCCAUAUCCUGCCCUCACUGUUUGCCCUGUCAGUAGCUGUCUAUCAGUGCACUUAUAUCUCAGUAUACUGGGGCCAGUGAUGAAAAGACAACCUGUACAGCAUCCAUUUUAGAGCAUGAAUGAAGAGAUUCAGUUGCUGCUGGAUAAUCAUGGGGUUAGAGGAAACACAAAUCGUCAGGAGAUGAAACCUCCCCUUCACCCAUUUAUUCUGUGCAACGAACAAAACAAUUAAAUCAAGGAAAACGUCUGUAAGUCCUAAAGAAUCAGAUGUGAGUCUUGUUCGAAUUUUACUGUGCAUUAAAUCCAGAAUUUCUCAAUAAUCUAUAAACCAUCUCGGCUCUCAUCCUAGAAUGAACCAGAGAGCCUGCAGGACUAUGAUGAAAUUGGUAAUGCAACUGCACGUGCACCAACAUCUCCAAAUCUAUUGGACGACCACACCAGUGAAGGUGAAGUGGAGCUGAACUUUCCACAGGUGAGAUUCACAGCGACGCCCCGACGUCAGACGACCAACAGAGACUCCAGCAGCUCACACCAAGAUGAGAGUCUUUACUCUAACGUCAGGAUUUGACCCGAGAUGUUCUCGUCCUGCUUUUUACAGCUACCUCGGGCCUGAGGAAGUUUAUAUUCACAAUAAGUCAUCACAGAGAGUCUGAAGAGUUCAUGAGUUGAGCAAAAUAGGUCGUAGCCGUAAAUCUACAGUAAUGUAAGCUGGUAAACAAACCUUAUGCAGCUACAAUAAAAACCUGCGUGUUGCCAUUAGGAGUAUUUUAAAACUAGUUAGCAAGAAGGCACAGAAGUUACAUUAAUGAGCUAAAAUAUAAUAUAUAAAUAUUUAAAAGUGUUAAUUCUAUUGUACUUCUGUCCGUCCUGGGAGAGGGAUCCCUCACAUGUGGCUCUCUCUGAGGUUUCCAUGUAUUUUUACCCUGUAAAAGGUUUUUUUAGUAGUUUUUCUUUACUCUUGCCGAGGGUUAAGGACAGAGGAUGUCACACCCUGUUAAAGCCCUAUGAGACGAAUUUUAAUUUGUGAAUAUGGGCUAUACAAAUAAAAUUUGAUUGAUUGAUUGAUUGAUUAAUUAAAGGUAAAACAGUGAACAUAGCAAUAUGUGAGGGAUAAAUGGUUAAAAUCCUUAUUUUGCUACUUUAAAUGUAAAUAAUGUGAGUAUAAAAUGAUUGUAUUAAUAACUUUUUAUAUAAUCUAUAUAUAUAAAUGACAUGCAGUUAGAUAAGAAAUGCUGAGAAUCACUGCUGAAUGUUUUUUUUUGUGCCCUCCAGUGUUGUGAACUUAAUCCAAACCCACACACAUGAAAUGUUAAUAUC